UUUUUCUUUUACUUUCAAAAGCAUUCUUUCCGGGCUGGGCUGAGUGCAAGUCGGAUCUGCUGGCAGGGGUCCUGGGCCAGCGGCUGGGGAAUGAGGGGUCCUGAGGGGGAACAGAGAGCCUCUCUGAGGCUGGGGGCCGCCCCCCUGGAGCCCGGCACCCAAGCCUAAUGACAUGAGCCUGGCCCUGUACCUCCUCCUUCUGGGGCCCCUGCGCUGCUCCCUGGCCUUGGCCCAGUGCGAAGAGGGGGAGUAUCCGGUAGGGGCCGAGUGCUGCCCGAAGUGUAGUCCAGGUUACCGGGUGAAGGAGGCCUGUGGGGAGCUGACCGGCACGGUGUGUGUUCCUUGCGACCCCGGGACCUACACUGCCCACUUCAAUGGCCUGAGCGAGUGUCUGCAGUGCCAUGUGUGCGACCCAGCUGCUCUUAGCUCCUCCUCUUGGGUCCCAGCCAUGGGCCUGGUGGCCAGGCGGAAGUGCACGAGGACAGAGAACACCGUGUGCGUCUGUGGCCAGGGCCACUUCUGCGUCAGUGAGUCGGGGGACGACUGUGUGGAGUGCCGUCCCCACUCUGCCUGCAGACCCGGCCAGAGGGUGCGGGAGAGAGGCACUGAGUGGCAGGACACGGUGUGUGAGGACUGCCCUCCUGGGACCUUCUCGCCCAGUGGGACCCUGGAGGAGUGCCAGCCCUGGACCAAGUGCAACAGCUCUUUCCAGAGGCUUGUGAACCCUGGGACCAGCAGCUCCGAUGUCACGUGCUCCCCCUCGUGCCCUCCUUCUCUGGCCGUGAUCCUUCCCAUACUUGUGGCUGUUGGCAUAAUAGUCACAGCCAUAGUCGUCUGGAUAUGGAUGAAAAACAGACGGUCACCUGGUGCACCCACCAAGGGGAGACUCUUACAGGCCCCGCCAGUCGUCACCACCGUGGCUCUGGAGGAGACAACGUCCGUGUUUCCCGAGAGGGACCAAGCCACUGAUGAACAGCUCUAGGAGACCGAUGUCAGAGACGUCUCGGGCUGUGCCUGCUCGGAGCGGACCGUGGGCCCCUCUCGGGCUCACUACAGACUCCAGCCAGCAGAGGGAUGCCGGCCACGGCUCAGGGGGCUCAGGGACCCCACAUGGGUCCCAUCAAUUUCACAAAGGGACCAGACCCGCCCCCACUUCUGUGCUGCCUACAUGUAGACCCAGCCCUGUGAGGACACGGCCUCUGAGCGGCGGCUUGCUCACCUGGGACGUGCCCGCACCUGCUCACAGCUGCGGCGACACCCAGAUGUGGACCACGGAGUCAGCAAGAUGUGAAUGACGGGCACGUUUGGAAGUGAUUUUUAAAUUGGGGUUAUUUUCUUAACAAAUAAAUAAUGGCUUUUUAACUUGUUAAAAGGUGUAUUUUGGAAGGAGGUUUUGAGAGUAUGUAAAUAACCUGUUUCUCCCCAAACAUUCACCCACUGGUGAUUUGAAAAAGAUGUUUUAAUUAAAAAAACUUUCUUUAAUGUUUA